AUGAGUAUUGAAAAUCCUAUUGGAGAUGGAGCAAGGGAUGAAAGAGGUACACGUCUACCUCCUAACCAUCGUUUCUUAGAACCUGAAAAGGCAGUUAAAACCAUCACAGACAUGACAAUAUGGGAGAAAUCUGAAGCAUAUAUGGAAUAUACUGGCUUCAUUGCUACUCUCAAUGAGGCAAUCAAAGGGAAGCCACUGUCGGUAGACUAUAAGAUAUCAAAAAAUGUUACAAAAAUUAUGGACAUGCUGGAAAAAGUUGAUAAACUGAUCAGUGAUUUCCCACCAAUUGAACAACCACAAAGAUUUGGAAAUUCUGCUUUUAGAGACUGGCUUCACAAAAUUAAAACUAAUUCCACGCAUUACCUUCAAGACGCAUUAGAUCAAAAUCUUCAUUUAGCCAUACCAGAAAUAAAAGCGUACCUUGAAGAAAGCUUUGGUAACGCUACACGAAUUGAUUAUGGGACAGGACAUGAGAUGUCGUUUAUCAUGUUUUUAUGUUGCCUGUACAAAAUAGGUUGUCUUGUUCAAGAGGAUAAUGUUGCAACAGUAUUUAUGAUAUUCAAUAAAUAUCUUAACAUUGCUCGGAAGCUUCAGACGACAUACAGGAUGGAGCCAGCAGGAAGCCAUGGUGUCUGGAGUCUAGAUGAUUACCAAUUUGUGCCAUUUAUAUGGGGAAGUUCACAACUUAUAGAUCAACCAAAAAUAUACCCUCCUUCAAAGUUUUUAGAAGAUGAAGUAAUAGAUAAAUAUUCAGAUGAAUAUAUGUUUUUAUCAUGCAUUAAAUAUAUAAAAGAAGUUAAAACAGGCCCAUUUGCUGAGCACUCUAAUCAGUUGUGGAGUAUCAGUGCUGUUGGAUCUUGGACAAAAAUAAAUCAAGGUCUUAUUAAGAUGUAUAAAAAGGAAAUUCUUGCAAAAUUCCCUGUAGUACAACAUAUAUUAUUUGGAUCCCUUCUUCCAAUACGUAGAUUUCAAAUGCAUAGUUAA